GCGGCCAGCGGGUUCUGUGGAAGAAGCGGAAACAGGUUUUGAGCGGAGUCAAAGUGCCAGACGCGGACAUGGCAGCCAGCGGGCGGCUUCUGCUGAUUUCACCGUUGAAGUGGUUGCGAUACCCGGGUUGUUACCGGAACCGGGGCUUGAAGAGUUUCCAGAGUGGAUGCCGGCGGCAGGACGGGUGGGUUUUGUCCGGAGGAGCCCGAGAGAUUCGCAGCGAGGGAUCGGGCCGACGUUUCCUGAGCACGGCCGCCCGGUUACAGAGUUCAGAAGAUAAAGUGAAGGUCAACUUUAUUAACCGUGAUGGAGAGAAAUUUAGCGCAGAGGGCAAUUUAGGUGAUACUCUAUUAGAUGUUGUCAUUGAAAAUAAUUUGGACAUCGAUGGUUUUGGUGCUUGUGAAGGAACCUUGGCUUGCUCUACAUGUCAUCUAAUUUUUGAGAACCCCAUUUAUGAGAAAUUGGAUUGCAUCACGGAUGAAGAAUUGGAUAUGUUGGACCUAGCCUAUGGUCUCACUGACACAUCUCGUUUGGGUUGCCAGAUCUGCCUUAAGAAGUGGAUGGAUGGAAUGACUGUGAAAGUUCCAAAUGAUGUUUCUGAUGCAAGACAAACCAAGGACUUUAGUUCAUGCUCCUAAAGUGAUCAGUCAAAAUCACAGAAUUUGCAUGGCUCAAUUCUCUUCAAUAAUCAGAAUAUGACUAUUCUACAGAACAAUUAUUCUGAAUAAAAUCUUCAGUAAAAUGGAGUUAAUAUUGAGAAUAUAAAAAGGUCAUCUAUUUUAAUUUGUGGAGAAUAACCACUUUUAGGCUUAUCAGUUCCGAUAUCUACAUUGAUAAGUUGUUUAAAUGACCAACUACUGAAUACAAGAUGUAUAGUUUACGACAAGAGCCUUGUGGAUGAUGAACUCAUUUAAAGUCAUAAUGAUAACAGAUUAAUUCUUUCUUUAGUUAUACAUCUUUAAAAGUUACACUACAAACAUAUCACUUCAGGGGUUUAUUUGGUAAACUUUUAUUGGUACAUUUUAAUGUGACAUUAAUAUGGUUACUUAUAUUGAAUUUUGAGGGCAAUAUUAAAAGUCAAAACACCAUAAAUGUUUUAACUGCAAAAGCAAGUUAUUUUUCUUCAAAUAAUGUUACAAGUUGGAUGGGGAAGAGAGGUACAAGGGAAGAGAAGCAGUAACAAUGAGGUAAAAACAGAAAAUGCUGCAAAUACUCAGCAGGUCAGAUUCCAUUUGUAGAGAGAGAAAAACAGUUAAUGAUUCAGGUCAAUGACCUUUCAUCAGAACCAGGAACAUUUAGAAACUGAACGUCAUUUAAGUUGCAGAGAAUGGAGAAGGGUGGAGAGAACAAAGCAAAUGACUGUGAUAACACAAGAAACAGGAGUAUGCUGAUUGGGCCCUUGAACCUCCUCUGCCAUUUGGUAAGAUCAUAGCUGAUCCAAUCUUGGCCUCCACACCACUUUCCUGCUCUUUCCAUACCUUUUGAGUCCUUUGUAGUUUAAAAUAUCUAUCAAUCUCUACCUCCACUGGUCUCUGGGGAAGAGAUUACCAAAGAUUCACAAACCUCAGAGCAGAAAUUCCUCCUCCUCUCCUUCUUAAAUGGAAACAAUGCACCCUAUUUCUGGAAGAUCCCAAUACAGGGCCUUUUCUAGGAAUGUAAAUCCCCCUCUCUCACCGUAGCAUGGGGAUCGCCUGUAUUACACUGUCACUGUUUGCAGCCCAUAAACACCGGCUUCUAGACAGCACAUGCUUAAUGAAAAAAGCCAGAACACAUUUGGGGGUGGCCAUUCUAUUGAAGCAGCAGGGUGUUGUUUGUCUGACAUAGCUUGGAAGCAGAAACUAUGCUGUGUUAAGACUAUGGGAAUUGGAGAACAUGUAAAGUUCUGCCAUGCCAGCAAUUGCUGCUGGAUCAAGCCAUUCUUCAGAGAACAUAAGAACCAUUAUGGUAGAGAACUAUUCUGGACAAAUUCCAGAAAUUGACUGCCUUUCAGACAUGAGCUAGUGUGUUAUUCCUAUUCUUUAUAAAUGUUAAAAUUUUCCACCAAGGCCACUCUUAGUUUUAGUUUCUGCAUGUGUGUACACUAUUUCACUGUAAAAACAAAAUACUGAAAACACUCAGUAGAUCAGGCAGCAUCUGUGGAAAGAGAAACAGAAUUAAUGUUUCAGGUCAAAAUUUCUGUCAGAACUAGGAAUGAGGGGAAUAAAAACAAGAAUUUCCUGUUUUUAUUUCAGAUUUUCAACAUCUGUUUUUUGGAGAAAUGAGACUGCAUGUGGGGCAAGAAACAAUCUGCUGGAGUAACUCAGUGGGCUGAGCAGCAUCUGGGGGUGGGGGGGUGGGUGCCCUUUUUAUCUUUUGUAUCUUCCUAUCUGCUGUUGGGGUAGCUAUACAGAAUUCCCCCUGGAACCUUAAAUGCUUAUCUGCUUUAAUGUACUGUUAGAAUCUCCAUUAUUUCCUAACAUUGCCAUCUCUCAGUAUACAUUCAGAUAAGAUUUAUUUUCAUUUAAUUAAUGCAAAAUACUUUUUUCCAUUGUACAUAAUGUUAAAGCAAUAUAACAGUUAUGUGAAGUUGUUAAUUUUGCUAUCUUGUUUCUUCCCCCGCCCCUUAGUUUCACCAGUGUCUAUUUGAGCAUAGUAAAUAAUGACUGCUCUACAGUUUAGCUGCAUUUACAAAGUCUGAUUACAUCCAGCAUUUUCACAAAAAGAUUUAUGAAGCUCAAUAGAAUUCCUUAAUUUUGCUACUUUAUGUAUCCUGUGACAAUGUAUUAUCUACAAAUAGUGACAACAUCACAAUUCAAAACUCAGACAAGCACUUGCUCAAACAUCAAACAAAAUACUUAAUUUAAGUUUCAAUUUCUUUAAUUAUUUGGCAUAAAUUAAUAUAAUGUAUUUUUAAAUGCUAGAAGUUAAAAUAUUAAGAUUAAGUAAAAGAAAAAUCACUUACUGUACUUGCCUUUUUAAUCAAGGUCAGUGAAAUGCAUAUUUGUUGACUUAAAUGUCAACAACAGAAAAUUGCUUUUAAUAUAUACUUGAUUAUUAAUUCACAAAAAAAUUGAUUGGGUUGAAGUUUCAUUUUUGUGUUCUGCAUUACUACAUUGUUUGUUGUCUUCCUGCUAUUUCUUUAUCGUUCACAGAAUAAUGAACAUUAGUUGUUAGUUUUCAUUUGUCUCACACUAUCCAAAACUGAAUGAAAUAUUACUAUAGCACUAAUGGAGAGCACUUGACUCCUUGAGCCAGUGCCAUCUCCUUAUUAAAGCUAUAAAAUUAAUCUCUCUUUUAUCCCUCAUCAUCUAGUAUAUUCUUAUCUCUUGAAAAUAACUACUAAUUCUGUUUUUACCAACCUUUCAAGCAGUGUGUUUCAGAUCAUAUCAGUGUGGUAUGUAAAUAAAUAUUUCCUCAAGCUGACAUUAACUCUUUGGACAGUCAUCUUAAGUCAGUGUUCCCUUGUUAUCAGUCCUACCAAUAGAAACUGUUUCUUACAUCAACAAAAAUAUGCACGAUUUUGAAUGCUUCCAAAAAACCUAUUCUUAAUUGUUAAUCUAAAGAUAGCAACACUCAUUUCUUUAGUCACUCAACAUAAUGAAGUCCCUCAGCUUUGAUGCAAUUUGUUCAUUGCUACAGUACCCUCUCUAAAGUCUUCUCAUCCUUCCUAAAGUUUGCUGCCAAAAAUUGAACAAAAUACUCCCAAAGGUGCUUUUCCCUAUGUUCUAUAAAGGAUUAGCAGAACUUCCCUGGCUUUCUACUCAAAAGCCAUGGUUGUCAUUAGACUUUUUAAAAAGAGAUCACAAUAUGUCUUACCACCUUCAAAGAUUUAUAUACUCAAGACCCCAGGGCUGUAAUAUUCUCCAUUUGUGGCACACUCAAGAUAGAGGAUGACUUAAUUGCACUUGGGUUUUGUGGGUUCAGAGGUGGUUAAUGAGGUCAAUAUGGGAACCAGUUUUCCACAGAUGGGGCAGGUGGUGACUGACAGGGUGUGUUAGUGGUUUGUGAGGUGAUGUGCUCUUUCUGCCACUUAUACAGGGCCACUGCAUAGCCUCAAGGUUUUUGAUACCAUCCCAAAUUCCUUAUCUCCACUUGAAGCAGUCAUGGGCCAGGGAUUUCCAGGAGUCAUAAAAUGACAGAAUCCUAGAAUCAUGUUGCGGAGAAGUGGGCUGAGUUGGCACUGACCAAAAAGAACACAUUUAUAUUAAUCCCAUUUUUUUAAAAAAAGCCACACAUUCCCAUCAAUUUCCUUUCAGAUUCUACUACUCAUGACACACUAGGGGCAAUUUACAGUGGUCAAUUGACCUACCUUGAGAUGCGCAAGGAAACCAGAGCACCUGGAGGAAACCCACAUGAUCACAGGGAGACAGCAAGACAGCACCAGAAGUCAGGAUUGAACCUGGGCUGCUGGAAUUGUGAGGUAGCAGCUCAAUGAGCGACACCACUGUGCUGCAGUCAGUGGGGAUGUUAUAUAUCUUCCAGGAGGCUUUGAGAAAGUCCUGGAAUCUUCUCUCCAAUGGCAAUCUCAUCCUAUAACAAUGCCUGGAAUAGAGUUGCUGUUUUGGGAGUCUGGCCAGUAAAAACAUAUCUAGAAUAUUCCAAUGCAGGUCUGGUCUCCCUAUCUAGGGAAAGACAUCUUUGUGUUAGAGGAAGUCCAAAGGUUACCUGAUUGAUUCGUAGGAUAGGAGAUUAUUCCCAUGAGGAAAAAUUAAGCAGAAAGGGCCUCCAGUCUCUGGACUUCAGAAAAAUGCAGAUUGAAACAUGCAGAUUUUUAUAGGGUAGAUGUAGACUUGAUACUUCCUCUGACUCAGGUGUCUAGAAGCAGGAGUCCCAGCCUCAUAAUAAGGGAUCACUAAAUAAGGAUCACUGAACUGUAAUGAGAAGAAAUUUCUCCACCCAGGGAAUAGUGAAUCAUUGGAAUUCUCUUCCCAAGGAGACUAUGGAGGCUCAGUUGCUGAGCAUAUUCAAGAUGGAGAUUAAUAGAUUUUGAAUAUUGUGGGGAUCCCAGGAUAUUGGUUUAUGUGCAGGGAAGGGGGACUGAAGUAAAAACAAUCAGCCAGGAUGUAAUUGAAUGGUGGAUCAGGCAUGAGGAGCCAAAUGAGCUACUACUCCUAUUUCUUAUGUAUCUUUGUUAUUAUAUCUCCUUUAAAAUGUACAAUUUAAUUCCUAUUGCCUCUCCUUGUUCUUCUGGACACUACACUGCAUUAAUUUUUAUUUCCACUUGGAUUGGUCAUGGGCUAGAGAUUUCCAGGAGUCCUUGGAUCAUAGAAUGUUUAGAUUCAUACAGCAGGGAAGCAGACCCUUCGGCCCACUGACUGCACUUACGGGCAUUUACACUAAUCCUUUGUAUUUUCCCCACAUUCCCAUCGAUUCUCCCACUCACCGACAGCCCUCGUGGAAUCCAUUAAUGCUAUCUUCAUGGGCAGAAUCAUGCUCAUUCCAGUCUACCAUCUGCACUUGCCCUUCUUGUUUUUUUCCAUGGCUGCACUCAGUUUUGCGGACCUGCAAAUUCAAUCAUCCUCAAAGCUUGGGUGCCAUGGCUGGUCUGGGAGGAAGAAUGAGCCAUGCGUGGUGAUGGCCUCAGUCGUGGACCCUGAGGCCCCAUACCUGAAUAGCCUGAUGGUCAGAGGCUUUUAAUAGGUGUUAAAAUGGAUUUCAAUAUUCAAAAAGAACCAAUAAGCAUAAUAAAUUUAUUUAAUACAUUUAAAUGCUAGAAGAUAAUUUUUAAAAUAUUAGGCACAAUAAAUUAAUAUGAGAAUGUAAUUUUAAGUGCUAGAAAUUAAAAUAUUAAGAUUAAAUAAAAGAAAAAAUCACUUACCUGCACUUUGCCAUUUCAAUCAAGGUCAGUGAAAUGAAUGCUUCAUGUACCAGUCAUGGCUGGCAAAUGCAUCCAGCCCCUCAACUCCGUUCUUCUGGUCUUUGACCCUGGAUUCAGUGGUGAAUCCACUGGCCAAGCAAGUCAGAAGCACUACCGUUCACUGCCACUCUCUACUUCCUGUCCCUAAACUAAUUUUGUAUUCAUGCUGCCCUGACCCAAUGGGCUUCAAUUUUACAAACAUGUCUAUUGUUUGGUGCUUUAUGAAAUGACUUUUUACAGUCCAUAUGGAUGUAAACCCUCACACUAUCUUACAACUUUUAUUCAAAAGCUACUUAUCUGAAUCCAUGAUCCCUAGUUUGAAAUUCUCCAGCCUGUGGAAACAACCUCUCAGAGUGUGCCAUAACUGUUCUUCUAUAUGUCUUAAUGAAGUCACUUCACAUUCUUCCAAACUUCAGGAAGUUUAAGCCAAGCCUGUCCAAUCGCUCAUAUAAAAAAAUCAUUUGGAGUGAAUCCACACUAGAAAGUCUUAGCUGGGAUUGAGGCUGAUUUUCUUCCGCAUGGGUUUUGAGAGUUCUGACCUGGCUCACCAGGCCGGUGUUGGAACCGCAGACUCUUUCACAGAUGGGGCAGAGGUCUCCGAUAGGACAGGUGAAUGAAUGGUUUGUGAGGCGAUGCUCUCCUUCUGACACCCAGGGAUUCUGUAGUCCCAAUGUGUGGCCUUAACAUUUUCAGUUUCCUCUCUUGUCUAAUGGGGUCAAAUUGUACAUGUUACCCUAAUGUGUGAAACUUAAUAAAGCAUUAUACUGUUAUAGCAAGACUUCUUUAAUCCCUUGUAAUAAAGGAUAAUAUUCCUAA